CGUCGACAUCCGUUAAAUAUCGAUGGAUGCUGAUCGAGAUUUGAAUUUCGCGAUCGGAUGGAAUCGGUUCAAUUUGGGCCUUAUCGGCGUCUGGCCCGACCCGCUACAGAGUCCCGGCAAAAGAGGCGGGCUCUCCCAACUUCGUUUUCUGACAGCCAGCUUCUUCAUGCUGAGUUUCAUGUGUAUACCACAAUUGGUGAACCUGUUCUUUAUUUGGGGCAACGUGGACAUGAUGACCGAGAAUUUGGCGACCGCCAACAUCCCAAUGGCAAACGCUUUCAUAAAAGCCGUCACUAUGUGGCGUCAUAGAAAAGUCUUGAAGCAACUGGUCGAGUACUUCUACCAAGAUUGGCACGCAUCGAAAACUUCUUAUGAAAGGACAACCAUGCUGAGGAAUGCCUCGGUCGUCCGGAAAAUAUCUAUCUGGUGCACGGUGCUUACGCAGACUAUGCUGACUAUGUACAUUAUACUUAGAAUCUCGACGAUCGUCAAAUUACAACGAAACAAUUCCACCCGCCUUAUGAUAUACACAGCCUAUUUUCCCUUCGACAUCACCCGAAGUCCCGUCUUCGAAUUGAUCUGCAUAUGUCAGAUCCUGUCGGCUUACAGCGGGACUGUGAUCUACACUGGCAGCGACAGUUUCAUCUCUAUGUUGGUGCUUCACGUCUGUGGUCAGUUUCAGAAUUUGCGAGGGAGACUAAAGAAUCUCGUCGACGACUCGGGCGGAGUGAAAACGACCGAGGACUUCAGAAAUGAGCUAGCGCAAAUUGUGAAGAGACACGAGCAUUUGAAUUGGUUUGCAAAAAGGAUUGAAGACACUUUCAAUAUGGUGUUCUUAUUCCAAAUACUUUCUUGUACUGUUCAAUUGUGCUUUCAAGGUUUCCAGGUUUUCAAUACAUUAAUAAAUGACGGAGACGAGUCACCGACCUUCCAAUUAAUUUUUCUAGUUAGUUUUGUAACUUUUGUCUUAAUCCACUUAUAUGUUUAUUGUUAUGUCGGCGAGAUGUUGCUCGUGCAGAGUACCGAGAUAAGCUUGUCCGCGUAUGAAUCCAACUGGUUUAACGUACCAGGAAAGGAAGCGAGAAGUCUCCUCUUUAUCAUGCGCAGAUCCACAAUCCCGCUUUCUUUAACCGCGGGAAAUUUCGGCGUAUUUUCUUUGCAACUAUUUAGCAAGAUCGUGAAAACCUCACUCGGUUACUUGUCGGUACUGCUGACCGUAACGGAUCGCAAAGAGUAACUCCUCUCAAAUAAUGUUUAUCGCAUUUACGACAACGCUUAUUACAUAACCGUUAUUAUUGAGCGACUGUAAUCUAUUAAAAAAUAAUCGCGCGUUUGCGACAAAAUGUGAUGAAUAUUUUUUCCGUAUGCGUCAAUAUC